AUGACAGCCAUCCUACCAAGAGACCGCUUCGACCGACGGUCCGGGGCGGGAGGGUGCGACGAAUCCGUAGGUUUCAAGAUCUUCCUCUGUCCGUUCCGCUCCAUCGUGCUGGCGUUUCGGGGCUUCAGGCGGCUCGGACCAGGGAUCCAGCGCGUGCUCCUGGGCGUCAUGGUCGCGCUCCUGCUCUUCGGGUACUUCCGGACGCGCGGCUUCGCUUCCUCGCGCCACCCAGACGGUCUCCGCAGCCAGAGCGCUGGGCGCGACCGGGAGACCGACGUGUACGCCGCGUCCAGCCAAGAACAGGACGGGGUCGUGUCCGCGGGCGCCGACGGCGGUGGCAGGGGUCGCCCGGCGGCGACGUGCCCGCCCUGCAGCACGUGCGCGCCGUGCGAGUCGAGGUGCGCCCAGCUCCAGCACAAGAUCGACGCCCUCGAGAGUGACUACGACGCCAAGAUCGAAGAAGCGAGCGCGCUGGAGCGCGAGAACAGCGAUCUGCUGGCCGCUGUGUCCGACGCCUUCAAGCGGGACCCGAGCGGCAAGCUCUCCGGCACCCUCACUACUGCGGCUGCUAGUGAGCUCGCGACCUGCCUCCGGGAGCGCUUGGGCACCGAAGGGGACCUGGACGAGGACGACGAGGACGCACAGUGCGGGCUCUCUGCAAGUCCGGCUGCGUCCGCGGCCCUGGCCGCGGUGCCGGUGUCGGCGCAAGCUCUGGUGAGGCUCCAAGCUGGGCUGCGUUCCCUGGCCGCGGCAGUGGCGGGGCUGUCGAUCGAGUCCGACGCAGCGUACGACAGGCUGGUCGCGGACCUGUCCGAGGCGGACGCGGGUCUCGUGGAGGCGAUCGAGGCGGUGGAGGCCGUCGUAGCGUCGGGGGGGGGCGUCAACGGCACCGCGUUGGAGUACACGGGACGCGGGGGGCGCCACGCGCCGCAGGCGGCGUCGCGGUCGAUCGAGGACUUCAUGGAGCCUGGCGCGAAGGUGCCGCACUUCGCUGCGGCGGGCGUGGCGCACGGCGGGAGCCACAGCGGCCACAGCGGCUCCGGCGAGGCAGGGCGGAUGCGCGACUUCCUCACGCAGGCGGCGAAGCGCGGGGCUGAGGACGAGGUGGAUCCGCGCCAGGGGGCGUACGGGGAAGAGGAGUUGGGGGCGGGGGGUGUUGCUGGCACUCCCCCUCCGCGCGGGUCGGGAGGGAGUACCGGAUCCCGCACGCAUGCGCCGCGGCUGAGCGCCGACGACCAGCGUGCCGGAUCUUGGGACGACGCGACGCCGGCGGGUCGGACUGCCACGUCAGGGCGUGCGGGAGUCUCCACGGGACCCCCCCUGGGCGGCACAGAGCGUGUCAGCGACGACGGAGAGGACGACGACAGCGCCGACCAAGACAGCUCCGUCGACGCGUUGACGAGAGGGCACCACGCGGGCGCACGAGCCGAUACGACCCCGACAGGCCCGACAACCCACGCAGCUGAUAUCGGCCACGCCGCCGCCGCCGACGACGACGACGACGAUUAUGAUGAUUACGGGGAGUGGGACGAGGACCAGGACGGGGACCAGGACGAGGACCAGGACGACGCGGGCUCGCAGCCGUUUGGCGCGGGCCACACAGAGGGGGGCCGGGCCUCGCAGGGGGCCUCGCGCGGCACGCCGGCCGCUGCGAGCCAUCGCGAGGGCAGUGCGGGGCACGGAGAGGGGAGCUCGCACUGGGGUCAUGAGGAUGCGUUCGACGAGGAGGAGGACGAGUUCGACGACUCGCAACAUGCCCUGGAUAUGAGGCACAAGGCGGGGGGUCAUUCCGGGCAGAAACCCGCACAGAAGACGUGA